CUGGUUUUACGUUUGUACAGGGUCUCAAGGAAAUAUCACAAUAUUAUUAUUAUGACAAAAUGACUGUAACUGAGCAUCUAACACGGCGAUAAGAGCUGUCCCAUAUGACUUCUGGCCUCAGGAUAUGGAUAAUGGACAGGUCGGUGAGGAAGAUGGGGGGAGACUGUGGCUCUUCCUGGGCUGGGUUGCCUCCUGUGUAAUGGUGUUUGGAAGUGCAGUGCCGUAUGCCCCUCAAUACCAGCAGAUUCAAAGAACCAAAAACACAGAAGGCUUCUCAACACGGGUGUGCCUGGUUCUCCUCGUUUCCAACAUUCUACGGAUCCUCUUCUGGUUUGGGAAGCGGUUUGAGCUGACUUUGCUUCUUCAAAGUGUGGUGAUAAUUUUCACUAUGCUGGUUAUGCUGCACCUCUGCUGUUGUAUCCAAAACAGCAACCGGAUGAGUACCAAACAGCACCACAUCACAGAUUUGGACCCACAGUUUUUUUGGAGCUGGGAUGGCUUUGAGGAUUACCUAAUCUUCCUGCUGGCCUUCACUGUGCCUUGUUCCUUUAUCACCCUCAUCCUCAUGGACUCUGCUCUGUUUGUGAAUGCUUUGGGUUCACUGGCAGUGAUGUCUGAGGCCAUGCUGGGGAUACCACAGCUGGUCCAGAACCAACGGAACCGCUCUACAUUUGGCAUGAGCGUAAAAAUGGUGCUGCUAUGGAUGGCUGGAGACUGCUUCAAAAUGGCAUACUUUGUGUUAAAUGAAAGCCCUUUCCAGUUCUUGUUGUGUGGGCUUGCUCAGAUCUUAGUGGACUUGUCCAUCCUCUUUCAGUCCUGCUUCUACAACCAGGAGACAGUGGACAAGCUGGAGUAGCUACAUCACCAAUUCCACAUACAGACUGCACGCACUGAAAACAUGUCUAGGUUGGGUUAUUUUUGGCCAAGCAAUUUGACUGGGUUGUUUUUGAAACAUUUAAUAUAUUUUGCUUAAAAAACUAUUAUUUCUCCAUUUUGGCUUUACUUUAAAGUUUGCACACUUACAUUACAUUUCUUAUUUAAAUUA